UUCGCACGUACGUUUUUGUCCAGUUCACAUCGUUGCUCAGGCCAUUCGCCGUUGAAUAAACGAAAAAAUUAAUUUCAAACGCUAUUUUUCCAGUUUAUUGUUGAACUAAACAAGUGAUUGUGAAACAUUCAAUCUCUCUGUCUGUCACUAAUUUCUAAUCAAUAAUUUUAUGAUGGGUUCCUCCACAUCGAAAAUGCCAAUUAAAAGCAUCUUAGCUCGUCAAAUCUUUGACUCACGUGGCAACCCAACCGUUGAGGUUGACUUGACCACUGAGUUGGGAUUGUUCCGUGCUGCUGUGCCAUCAGGUGCAUCGACCGGUGUUCACGAAGCUUUGGAAUUGCGUGACAAUGAAAAGAACAACUACCAUGGCAAAGGUGUUGCCAAAGCUGUUGCUAACAUCAACACUGCAUUAGCCCCAGAAUUGAUCAAAUCCGGUUUGGAAGUCACCCAACAAACCGAAAUCGAUGAAUUCCUCAUCAAAUUGGACGGCACUGAAAACAAGUCGAAAUACGGUGCUAACGCUCUUUUGGGCGUUUCAUUGGCCGUUGCCAAGGCUGGCGCCGCCAAGAAGGGAGUCCCAUUGUACAAGCACUUGGCUGAUUUGGCCGGAAACAAAGACAUCAUCCUCCCAGUUCCAGCUUUCAACGUCAUCAACGGUGGCAGCCAUGCUGGUAAUAAAUUAGCAAUGCAAGAAUUCAUGAUCUUGCCAACUGGUGCAACCUCAUUCACUGAAGCCAUGAAAAUUGGCUCAGAAGUCUACCAUCACUUGAAGAAAGUCAUCCACGCCAAAUUUGGUUUGGAUGCGACCGCCGUCGGUGAUGAAGGUGGCUUCGCACCAAACAUUUUGGACAACAAAGAUGGUUUGAAAUUGAUCCAAGACGCUAUUGCGAAGGCUGGUUACACUGGCAAAGUCGAAAUCGGUAUGGAUGUUGCCGCCUCUGAAUUCUUCAAGGAUGGUCUUUAUGACUUGGACUUCAAGAAUCCAAACAGCGACAAAUCCGCUUGGUUGACUCCAGACAAGUUGACCAACUUGUACCAAGAAUUCAUCAGUGAAUUCCCAAUGGUUUCAAUUGAAGAUCCAUUCGAUCAAGAUGAUUGGGCUGCCUGGAGCAACAUCACCGGUAACACAAAAAUCCAAAUUGUCGGUGACGAUUUGACUGUAACCAACCCAAAACGUAUUGCCACCGCUGUUGAGAAGAAGGCUUGCAACUGUUUGUUGUUGAAAGUCAAUCAAAUCGGUACCGUUACCGAAUCCAUUCGGGCUCAUUUGUUGGCCAAACAAAAUGGCUGGGGCACCAUGGUAUCACAUCGUUCGGGUGAAACCGAAGACACUUUCAUCGCUGACUUGGUUGUUGGUUUGAGCACUGGCCAAAUUAAGACCGGCGCACCAUGCCGUUCAGAACGUUUGGCUAAAUACAACCAAAUCCUUCGUAUCGAAGAAGAAUUGGGCGCUGCAGCCAAAUACGCCGGAAAGAACUUCCGUAAACCACAAUAAACACCCUAAUAAUCACUCAACACGUGCAAAAACAAAAAAUCUAUUAUCUAACACACAUCUGGUUUAACUGAUUCAGUGUCUAGCUACACAAAAUGUAUCAAAAUUCCAACACAUAAAUUAAUUUAUAAAAAAUUCAACCAAAAAAAAACUGUAUCAAGUAAAGUAAUAAAAGAAAAUAAUUAUGUGAAAUGUUA